GUUUUGUUGACGAUUUCCCUCCCUCCCUCCAGCCCCCUCCUUCUUAUGACGAGGUGAUUAGAGAGACGAGUCAGGGACAGUUCCAGGUGUUGCCUCCCUCCUUCUCCCCCCAACGCUCUGUCUCCACAGCUACCAUCGCCACGCAGACUGACGCUGGACUAGACUUCUCAGCAGUGGCCCACGCCCCCAACCAGAGAGGCUCUGUGGCCAGGAGACCUCCAAGGCCUCCCAGACCUUCCUAUUCCUUUACAGCCAAACUGUUGUACGCUGAUGAAACAACGUCGCAAGCUGAUGACUCACUCAUCUUCGUAGAAGACUGUCCAGCACUUCGCACACACACUCAGACCAGCAGACACACCGUCAUACACACAGAGGAGACAGCGUUUCACUAUGACCUCUUGACCUCUGAUCCUUUCUCACCUCUGACCUCUGCCCCUGGCAGCCAAACUGACCAAUGGGAGCAGUCGUCCUUCGUCCUCCCCCCUCAUUCCACUGUCUUGACAAUGUCCUCCGACCCUCCUCUGCCCCAUAACCAGCCCAGGCCACGUCCUCGCACAAAGAAUAGCCUUCGACCAAUCAGGAGAGAGGUCAAAGUUCAGACUCUGGUGAGGCUGGGACAGACAGGAUGUGAGGUCACAGAGAACCAAGAAGUGAGUCAUCAGGGGGGGAAAUACCUUCAGGAUCUCCUAGACGCUUUCAGCUCCGACGAUUGGGGCUUCCCUGAUCACCAUAGCAACGACGAUGUAGAGAGCGACUUGAGAGGAGAAGAAGAAGAGGAGGAGGAAGAAGAUAUGAGAGCCAGGAUACAAGCCUUCGAGCUGCAGCAGCAACAGGAGGACCAUGGUAACCAUGCAGACAGUGACCACGGAGAUGGAGCGUUGCUUGGGGGUGGGAAACUUGAACCCCACCCCCGAGUACAAGCACUCCCCAAACCGGCCCCAGUCAUCUCCCGGAAACCCUCCCUCGCUGCCAAGACUUCCUCCCGCAAAGGAUUGUGGGAAGAUGGAGGCUCACUUGCGAUAGACUUGAACUUGACUGUUGAUACAGUUACCACCUCCCAACCCACUCCCACUGACCCCUCUCCCAAACCUACCGAGACCCCCCCUGUCCCAGUCCUCGCACCCCUACCCCUGCUUCCCAGAAAGCCCCUCUCUGAACCCCAAAGACCAGACCCCCAGCUGAGGCAGACAGAAGGGACCCCCCUACUCCGUCCACCUCCGAGACCUCCAGUAGCACCAAGGACCAACGAGGCCAUGGUACCCCAAGAGAGAAGCACUAUGGUCGACCCACCAACACCAGCGUUACCCCUUGAAUCCUCCAUAGACCUCCACAUUAACGGCAUUAGACCAAGUGUUGCUCAGAAGCCCAAUGCCAUGUCAUCAUCCCGCAGAGCGAGUGUGCCCCUGUCUGCAUCCGGACUAGCCAUACCUGACAACAGGAGACCCUCUCUGGUCUCUAAACCCUCCAUCCAGACCCCCAUACCCACCUCCCUAGUACCCCUUACCCCGGCCCUGGCUCCACACCCAAUGGGUGCUAGACCUCCAGUCUUAUCCUCAGCUCCAGCCCAAAAGAAAACCCCACUGGUCUCCUCAGAGUGUGAACCUCCUCUUCCUCCUCGACCCCAGGGAGUGUUUAAGAUGCUCCCUCUCCGCCCCCCUCCCAUGAAGACUGUUCCUGGUCGACACCCACCUCUCCAGGCUGUCUCCUCCUCCUGCUCCUCCUACUCUACCACGUCAUCCAAUCAGCCACCCCCUGCCCAGGCUGUCUCCUCCUCCUCCUCCUCCUACUCUACCACAUCAUCCAAUCAGCCACCCCCUGCCCAGGCUGUAGGCUCCCCCGCUUCUACAUCAGCCAACCAGCAGGCAGUCCCUGGCCCCUGCACCACUCCAUCAGCCAAUCAGCCGCAGGGUCAGAGGGCACCAAAGAAAUGCCCCCCUCUACCCCUCCGACCCAGGCCUGGACACCCCCUGUACAAGAGUUACAUGCCCAUCCUUCCAUCUCAACCCAGUGGAGAGGAGUCCCAGCUGGUCACAGCACCUGUCAGUGGUCUGAGGUGUGUGGCACAGUUCGACUUCGAGGGGGAGGAGGAAGACGAGCUGACCUUCUACGAGGGUGAUGUCAUCUCUCUGACGGAGGUGAUUGGUCAGGAGUUGGGGCGGGGACAGAUCCACGGGCGAAUAGGAAUCUUCCCUCUGGCCUUCACGGAGGUCCUUGAGGAACCGCCUCCGUCGGCAGGGAAACGGCCCGUUGUCGAGAAGACCACGAAGAUGGAAUCCUCAGCCCAGCCAAUGAGGGACCAGCCUGUGACCAAGGGCGUGGCCAAGGUCCUGUUUGAUUUCAGUGCAGAGUGAAGAUGAACUCUCACUAAAGGUGGGGGAGGUGGUAACGGGUGGAGGCAGUAGAUGAGGAGUGGUAUCUGGGGGAUGCAGGAGGCGAGGUCCCCAAAAACAACCUGGCACUUCUGCCUGUCACCUGCAAAUAGGACUAUGGAUGUACACUGUGUGUUAGAGACUGUGUGAGAGAGACUGUGUUAUAGAGCGAGAGAGAGAGAGAUUGUGUUAGAGAGAGAUUGUGUUAGAGAGAGACUGUGAGAGAGAGACUGUGAGAGAGACUGUUAACUGUUAGAGAGACUGUGAGAGAGAGCGAGAGACUGUGAGAGAGAGCGAGAGACUGUGAGAGAGAGCGAGAGACUGUGAGAGAGAGCGAGAGACUGAGAGAGAGCGAGAGACUGUGAGAGAGAGCGAGAGACUGUGAGAGAGAGCGAGAGACUGUGAGAGAGAGCGAGAGACUGUGAGAGAGAGCGAGAGACUGUGAGAGAGAGCGAGAGACUGUGCGAGAGAGCGAGAGACUGUGCGAGAGAGCGAGAGACUGUGAGAGAGAGAGACUGUGAGAGAUUGUGAGAGAGAGAGACUGUGAGAGAGAGAGACUGUGAGAGAUUGUGAGAGAGAGAGAGCUGUGUUAGAGGGAGACUGUGUUAGAGAGCGAGAGACUGUUAGAGACAGAGAGAGAGAGCGAGAGAGACUGUGUUAGAGAGCGAGAGACUGUGCGAGAGAGCGAGAGACUGUGAGAGAGAGAGACUGUGAGAGAUUGUGAGAGAGAGAGACUGUGAGAGAGAGAGACUGUGAGAGAUUGUGAGAGAGAGAGAGCUGUGUUAGAGGGAGACUGUGUUAGAGAGCGAGAGACUGUUAGAGACAGAGAGAGAGAGCGAGAGAGACUGUGUUAGAGAGCGAGAGACUGUGUUAGAGAGCGAGAGACUGUGUAUGAGAGAGAGAGCGAGAGACUGUUAGAGAGCGAGAGACUGUGUUAGAGAGCGAGAGACUGUGUUAGAGAGCGAGAGACUGUGUUAGAGAGCGAGAGACUGUGAGAGAGAGCGAGUGAAUGUGAGAGAGAGCGAGAGAUUGUUAGAGUGAGAGACUGUGUUAGAGAGUGAGAGACUGUGUUAGAGAGCGAGAGACUGUGAGAGAGAGCGAGAGACUGUGAGAGAGAGCGAGAGACUGUGAGAGAGAGCGAGAGACUGUGAGAGAGAGCGAGAGACUGUGAGAGAGAGCGAGAGACUGAGAGAGAGCGAGAGACUGUGAGAGAGAGCGAGAGACUGUGUAAGAGAGCGAGAGACUGUGUAAGAGAGCGAGAGACUGUGUUAGAGAGAGAGACUGCGAGAGAGGGAGACUGGGAGAGAGAGAGACUGCGGGAGAGGGAGACUGCGAGAGAGGGAGACUGCGAGAGAGGGAGACUGCGAGAGAGGGAGACUGUGAGAGAGGGAGACUGCGAGAGAGGGAGACUGCGAGAGAGAGAGACUGUGUGAGAGAGACAGAGAGACUGAGAGACAGUGUUAGAGAGACUGAGUUGGUGUGGGUAGAGAGAGAGACUGAGUUGGUGUGGGUAAAGAGAGAGAGAGAGAGACUGAGUUGGUGUGGGUAGAGAGAGAGAGUGUUGACCCACCACUCACCGACGUGGUUAUCUUGAGAGACGAAGCUGUCUGUUUACAUCAGAGUAUGAUAAGGAGUUACUAGAUAGAGCAAACAUAUUAUAUUUCACAACUGAAACCCAAUCCUGUUGAAUCUACAGUUGAAGUCGGAAGUUUACAUACACCUUGGCCAAAUAUAUUUAAACUCAGUUUUUCACAAUUCCUGACAUUUAAUCCUUGUAAAAAUUCCCUGUCUUAGUUCAGUUAGGAUCACCACUUUAUUUUAAGAAUGUGAAAUGUCAGAAUAAUAGUAGAGAAAAUGAUUUAUUUCAGCUUUUAUUUCUUUCAUCACAUUCCUUGUGGGUCAGAAGUUUACAUACACUCAAUUAGUAUUUGGUAGCAUUGCCUUUAAAUUGAUUUACUUGGGUCAAAUGUUUUGGGAAGCCUUCCACAAGCUUCCUACAAUAAGUUGGGUGAAUUUUGGCCCAUUCCUCCUGACAGAGCUGGUGUAACUGAGUCAAGUUUGUAGGCCUCCUGACAGAGCUGGUCUAACUGAGUCAGGUUUGUAGGCCUCCUUGCUCUCACACACUUUUUCAGUUCUGCCCACAAAUUUUCUAUGGGAAUUAGGUCAGAGCUUGGUGAUGACCACUCCAAUACCUUGACAUUGUUGUCCUUAAGCCAUUUUGCCACAACUUUGGAAGUAUACUUGGGGUCAUUGUCCAUCUGGAAGACCCAUUUGCAACCAAGCUUUAACUUCCUGACUGAUGUCUUGAGAUGUUGCUUCAAUAUAUCCAUAUAAUUUUCCCCCCUCAUGAUGCCAUCUAUUUAUUGAAGUGCACCAGUCCCUCCUGCAGUAAUGCACCCCCACAACAUGAUGCUGCCACCCCCGUGCUUAACGGUUGGGAUGGUGUUCUUCGGCUUGCAAGCCUCCCCCUUUUUCCUCCAAAAAUAACGAUGGUCAUUAUGGCCAAACAGUUCUAUUUGGUUUCAUCAGACCAGAGGACAUUUCUCCAAAAAGUGCAAUCUUUGUCCCCAUGUGCAGUUGUAAACCGUAGUCUGGCUUUUUUAUGGCGGUUUUGGACCAGUGGCUUCUUCCUUGCUGAGCGGCCUUUCAGGUUGCCGAUAUAGGACUCGUUUUACUGUGGAUAUAGAUACUUUUGUACCUGUUUCCUCCAGCAUCUUCACAAGGUCCUUUGUUGUUGUUCUGGGGUUGAUUUGCACUUUUCGCACCAAAGUACGUUCAUCUCUGGGAGACAGAACCUGUCUCCUUCCUGAGCGGUAUGAUGGCUGCGUGGUCACAUGGUGUUUAUACUUGCAUACUAUUGUUUGUACAGAUGAACGUGGUUCCUUCAGGCGUUUGGAAAUUGCUCCCAAGAAUGAACCAGACAUGUGGAGAUCUACAAUUUCGUUUCUGAGGUCUUGGCUGAUUUCUUUUGAUUUACCCAUGAUGUCAAGCAAAGAGGCACUGAGUUUGAAGGUAGGCCUUGAAAUAAAUCCACAGGUACACCUCCAAUUGACUCAAAUGAUGUCAAUUAGCCUAUCAGAAGCUUCAAAAUCCAUGACAUCAUUUUCUGGAAUUUUCCAAGCUGUUUAAAGGCACAGUCAACGUAGUGUAUGUAAACUUCUGACCCACUGGAAUUGUGAUACAGUGAAUUAUAAGUGAAAUAAUUUGUCUGUAAACAAUUGUUAGAAAAAUUACUUGUGUCCUGCACAAAGUAAAUGUCCUAACCGACUUGCCAAAACUAUAGUUUGUUAACAAGAAAUGUGUGGAGUGGUUGAAAAAUGAGUUUUAAUGACUCCAACUCUAAGUGUAUGUAAACUUCAGACUUCAACUGUAUCACUUGUCUUAUAUAUAUAUGACUCCACUAUCAGAACAUCACCAACAAAGUAAUUCCCCCACCGGGACGAUGAUCACCAGCCAGCCACUUAUCAGAGUUUUUCAAAUAUAUAUUUCUUAACCGUGUACCUGCCUAACUAAUCCACUGGUCAUUUCACAAUGGAAUCUAGUGGUCACUGCUUUAUAUGAGGAGAAAUCUAACUUCUUCUCAAGCCAAAUUAUAACAUUGACUAUCAAUGUUGAUUAGUAAGUGGAAGUCAGGAUUCAACCCUGUGUUUAACUGAUGUGUUAUAUUACUGUAUAUCUGGACAUUCCAUACAGACUUUUUAAUCCCAAUCCCAAUAAAAUCAUGAUUAAAUGUUGUUA